GCUCUCCUGUCCCGCAAACUCCUCUCCAGUCUCUCCGGGGGGAGCCGAAGAACAACUCGACAAAGUCCCAAACAUGGAAGGCGACAACAUAAUAAUGCCUGCUUGACUUGGGGACAUUUUCCAAGAUGCCAGGUCUUUUGUCCAGUCCUGUGUGUCUGACAGUCAUCUGGUUUUUAUCUUGGUCGCUGUGUUCCAGCCGUGCUCAGAUUUGGACUGAUGAAGUGUCAGGUGUGCAGUACGGGCGCUUGGACUCUAAUGUGACACUGGCAUGCGGGAAGUCACCUAUUAGGAUACCUGUGGUGUGGCAUCUCAACCACAACUCAGCGUUGCCAUGGCACAAAGUGACAACAGAUGGAUCCUUAGUCCUACUGCACGUCGACCACUCAGCCCAAGGCAACUACAGCUGCUAUGACUACCAGGGGCGCCUCCUCCACUCUGUCAAACUCAGACUGGGUCAUCCCCCUGGGCUGCUGAGCAUUUCCUGUCAAGUGCCCAAUCACACGCAUGUUCGCUGCUCCUGGGUGGAAUCAGUGAGGACAUUCCUGCCAGCCAAGUACAAUGCCUCCCUCAGGAAUGGUCAGGAGUGGAGGCCAUGCAUUGUGGAUGUCACCCACAAGCACUGUGAUGUAGAUCAUCCUGCCUUCUGGCAGACUACCCAUAUUCUUAGAAUCACAGAGAUCAAUGUCCUCGGGUCCCAGACAACAAUUGUACGGUUCAGGUUACAUGAGCUAUUGAAACCAGACCCUCCAGAGUCCGUGUUGGCAAAGGAGCUAGAAGGCUAUCCACAGAGGCUAAUGGUCUCAUGGAACUUUCCCUCCUCCUGGCCGCUGCAGAAUGCUUUCCCCCUAGUGUUUCACAUUAGAUACAGGCCGCUUGGCUCCAUGUACUGGUCAGAGAUUUAUUCAGAGGACAGCCAUGUCGUGGUGCAUGACGCCCUGGCCGGCAACCCUCACCAGGUUCAGGUUCGAGCCCGGGACGAGGUGAACGCAGAGAGCCAGUGGAGUGAAUGGAGUCCCCUGCUCUUAGUCCAUCCCUGGGAAGACUACAGCACCUCUGAACCUUCAGAGGAUAAAUUCACAGACUAUAUGUUUCCCUUCAACACAAAGCCCGAGACCUCCACUGCAAAAUCACACAAUCCUGUAGUUGAGGAUGAAGGUAAUUUGGGUUUGGUGAUCCUCUUGGUUUUGUUCUCCGUGGUCAUCCUCACCACCGUCCUUUCCCUCAUCUUUGUCGUGUGGGUGAGGCAGAGGCGGCGCGAUCAUGUGAGCAAACAGGAACUCACCUCUAUGGUCAAGAUGAAGUCCAUGUCAAUCUAAUGUUGAUUUCAAGCAUCUUCCUCUCAUCAGCCCGUUCUAGGGCUCCUCCCAAGACUCAGCCUCUGCUUUCACCACUGUAGCACGCUGACCGUCAGUAUUCAACUACAUUAAUAAAGAAUGCAUCAGUCAGAACCCACGCAGGAUCUAUGGUGACAGAGACUCCACACAAGGAACUUUACAUAGUAGGGUUACCCAGCAUGAAAAAGCUGACUGAAGGGUAAGUUUAGCCAGACAUAUUCACAUCUACCUGCACUUCCCAUUGUGCAUCAGCAGACUCUACCUACUGUAAAGUAGGUACAAGGGAAAAGGGACCCUACUCCGUCUCUUUUGAAUUCACUUCAGCAACUUCACCGCAAUUCAAUCCUCAGCGGACUGCAGGAGCGACGCUGCAUCGGGACAUUUUGAGUUCACUCACAAUGAAUGCUGCUUCAGAUUUUCGGAGAGGGGCGACAGUGUUUUUAACCUUUUGAAUUUCUCAGCAACAAGUGAGCACGAGAGGUGCAGCUGCCAAACAGGAGAAGAUGAUUCUGUGGGGGAUAAAAAUGGAUGUUUUUUCCAUUAUUUUUCUGGGACAUCUUUCCUCUCUUCUCCCACACAGAACUCAUCGUUUUGUUUUGUUUUUUAAUGAAUUGUGAGAAGUAACAGAUUAUUGUGUGUCCAUUAUUACAUCAAUUGACUGACUGACUCAAUGCUGUGAAGGAAGCAUAACUUUUGCCAGUCUCUGUGUGCAUCUGAUGCCAAAGCAGCAACUACGGGCAUUAUGGAUCUCAGCAGGAAGCAGCCAGAGGGAAGGACAUGGAGAAUAAGGUCCAGGGGGGGAGGGGAGGGGGUGGGUGUAGUGGGUGAAGAUAUAUAGACUUAAUUUCAUUUAUGACAAGUGAUUUUAUGUUGCAUGAUAUGCUUGUUUUGUUGUCUUGAUGUCUUUAGUGCAGGUGUUCUGUUUUUGUUUGUUAUACCUCUUUCUACUCAUCCAUCCACUGUUCCUGUAUGUGUGUAAAAUGAAAGACACACAUAGCGAGAAAAAGAGAGAUACAAAAGAGAUAUUGGCCUUUCACAAACCACCAGCAUUAUUACAACACACACAUACUUAGUUGUGUAGAGAAUAUUAAACCUUACAUAUUCACUCUCCUUUCCAGACUAAAAGUAACCCCUAGUUCCUCAAGGCAGGUUUGAAAAUGGUUAUAUGUCAGCAUUUCUCAAAGAGAUUCAACAACUAUUCAGGGAUACAAGUAAAACUCAGUCUAGUGUGGUCAAAUCUACAAUAUUUUUUUCAUUUUCUGACCAAUCGAUCCAUCUUUUAGUCCAUCAAUGGAAAAUAAGAAAAGUGAAAGAUUCCUGAGCAGUAUUUUCCAGAGUCCAAAGUGAUAUUUUCAAAUUGCUUGUUUUGUCUGGCAAACCCAAGGACAUUUCAUUUAAACCAGAAAGCGGCAAAUUCCCACAUGUGAGAAGCCGUAAAUUGCAAAUAUUCUGAAAUUUCUUGAUUAAUGACUGAAACCAGUAAUUGAAAUGUAUUAAAAUGGUUGUGGUUUGGCAGCCCUAUGCCAUCAUUACAGCAGUGAGGCAAGGUUAUAUCUUUAAGAACGAGGAUUAAGUAAGUUUUAAAAUGUUAAAAGUUAGUUUGCUUAAAUGAGUCAUUUGUUUCAGGUUCUAUCGAUUGAAAUUAGAUUCAGUCACACAAAAUAAAAAAAUAGAGUAAUGUUACUAAAGGAAAGAGGUGGUAAGUUUAAAGGUAGAAAUGUGUGAGAACAUGCUGCUUUAUUUAGAUAAUAUAUGAGGAGGAAAAGCUAGUUAGAAAAAAAAGAAGAUUUUUAAGCACUUUGUUUUCUGUCAGAGUCAUUAGAGAAAUAAUCAUCUUACCUACACAUAGGUGUAUUGCUGCCACGCCAGAAAAAGAAAACAAAUCAGUUUCACAUUAUAAAGUGUAAAGUUUAUUUUUAUAACAAGAUGUUUUUCACAAUAUAUCAAUAUCUUUUCACAUUGUUACGACAUAAUAAGAAACUUUUCUUGUUUUAACAGUAUACUGCUUAUCAUGUUACGACAUGAAACUUGUAUUGCUAUAAAGUAAACCUAAUGUUGGGAAGAACGGAUAAAUUGAGGAAGAUGUGUCAUUUACAUGAAUGAGUUUAGAUUUAAGUUCCACCGCGUCAUAUUUGGGUUGAGACAUGACAAGAUUCUGCUAUUACUGAGCAUGGUGGAUGAUAUUGUGAUAAGUAUGCAUACACUACGAAGGAUUUUAAAAUGCAUGGGGCUGGCGUCAUUUCUCCAAAACACACACACACACACACACACACACACACACACACACACACACACACACACACACCAUGGGGUGCAUAGGUUGCUGUCUUCUGACUCCUUUUAAGAAGCACUUAACCAGACGGACUCUCUCCAUAGCCUUCAUGGUUGACCAAAGGGCCAUAGAAUGUUUUAACCAUAGAUAAGGCCACACUUCACAACCCUCUAGAGGAUAAGCGGUUAGGAAAAUGAAAGAAUUCAUAUUCUGGAUUACAUACUAAAAAUUGAUGGCAUGUAUCCUAACAGCUGUGGGAAAAUUAACACUCUCCACACACCAGCACUGAAAAGGGGACCAUUUUUUAAGAAGGAGAAAGUUUAAGAUUGUGUUUUGUAGUUUGAUUGCAAAAGGCUGAAAAAGGUUAGAACUUGAAACAAGACAAAUAGUAUAUUGUUAUAACUUGAAAAGUUUGCAUGUAAUAACAUUCUAUCUUGUUAUAACAUGAAAAACAUCUUGCUGUUACAAAAACUUUUCACAUUACGAUGUGAUACUGAUCCGUUUUUCUUUCUCUGGUGUGGCAGCAAUACGUUCUGUAACAUUCUGACUCUGAACUGUGGCCAUUUUGGGUCCUAGACAGGUUUGGUUCAAAUGAAAAAUGGUUUAAAUUGUUGCAGAAGGCGCUGCGUGUGCUGAUCGUGUCAACUAGAGCAAACUAGUUUACAAGUGCAACUCACAACUAGCUUUGACAUGGAGUUCUUUUCACGCGGUGCACAGGCUCUCACCAUCACUGCCACCAUCACCACUUCCUCAGAACACAGGGACAGUGGAAACAUUCAGUAGCAUUUGUUCAUAUACACCACAAUAAAUAACAGUACUCACCUGCAACAUUACACUACAAUAAAUUAGAAUGAAUGUUGUUGAGUUUUGGUAAGCUUAUGUAGCUUAAUGACCAUGUUUGUUGGUUGGUUUGUACAUGAGAUGAUCACAAACAUGGUGACUUGACAAGAGCGAUACCGCUCACUGUACUUGUGUCUCACAACCCACCAACUCAUGAGAAAUGAGUGAUUUGACUGUGCUUACCGUAUGAAAAGCCCCAAAUACCUCUAGUACAGCGUAUCUGGUUUAGUUCUGCUUCGACACUUGCGCCUACAAACCUUGUGAGCCGGCCAACUUUCUGCCACAGAUGGAAGUGAGUAGCUCUGCCGCUUGAUUGAGAAGCUCUUGUUUAAACAUUUCCUUUCUUUCUUUCUUUCUUUCUUUCUGUUGGUCUGGUGGAUGUUUUUCGUUGAUCCAAAGCUGUGUAGUUAUCAGCCAAUUGAUUGACUGACUGUGUAGUUUGUAUCAGAAACACAAGGUGCAUCUAAGUCAGACUUUUUUCCAGUUUGACAACUGUAUGUUCUCUCAAGCUAGCUCCACAUAUUAUGCAUGGAUCCAGCUGAAGCUUUGUUGUGUAUAUUAUUGUAUAACACACUUUACAAAGUACAUUUUAUGUAUGUUAUUAUAAGUGAUGUUUAUAUGUAGAGAAAAAAACAAACAUAUUCUUUGGGAUAGUUUAACAGACAUGGUUUAACUCAGUCUGGUGUUCACUUGUAAUAGACAGUAGAUUGUGGGAUUUGCUGAAACUUGGCAAGUAAUGCAAAUAAUGUAUAGACAGAUUUAUUAUAAAUUACACAUAAAUAUAAAUGCAAAUUAAAUGCUAUAGAUCAAUUCAGAAAACCAUUAGAGAAAAUAGUCAUUUAAUGUAAUUAAGAGCAAGUGGCAAGAAAUAUUCAGUUCUUCAUUGUAAAACUUUUUUAAUAGUCAAAAUGUAUCUGUAGCCCUGUGAAGCUUGUGUGGAAUCAUUGAUUCCAGGCAACAUUUCAAUGCAAUCCUCAAGGGACUGAAGGCAGAUUUCCCCUGAUGCCUAGUAAAGAUUACUGAGGAUAAUCCGUGUCUAGAGAACCUUCCCAGCAUUGUGUAUUUGUGUCCUUUUCCCCAGUUAUAUGAAGCUCUGUUUCUGUACAAUUACUGUAUGGACAAUGUGUUUACUGAAUUAGUCAACAUUCAAUUCGCUUUACACUUUUCGUGGUUCAAUUUAUUUCUUUGCAGUCAAAUGAACCACAAAUUAAUCUUUUUUCCUUGCUUUUUUCUGCCCCUGAAUUCCUGUGACAACAAUGGCAAAGUUUAAUUUUCUAGAUUGACGAAGCUGAUCUUUUUCUCCCUUUCUAAAUCAGAGGGAAAAACCUGAUUGUCCUUUUGUAGUUUGAUAUCAGAUGGAUGUUUUUUGAGCCUAUGAGAACUGAAAAAUGUAAUUAACCAUACUGAACAAUUUGAAAAUAUACACGCAUUCAUUUACUCACUAAGCUGAAUUCGCUUAGCCAAUUAAGAAAGAAUGAAUUGUGUGUAUUAAUCUCAGCAGUUCAAAUUACAUGACCAAUAUUUUUAAUAACCAGAUAGAAAAGAACAUUUUUUGCCCUUUUCCUGAACUCCAGGGUUUAUUUGAAGUGACCUUAAUCAUGAUACUGAACCGCUACAUGGUCGUUCAUUUCAAUGCAAAUGCUGCAUACGCUGUUGAGCACAACAGAAAUACAUUAAUAUUGGUAUCAAUAGUAAAAUACAGUAUAAUAAUCAGGAAUAAAUGUGCUAAAACUAGCACAAGCACCAUUUUCUGAUGUUCGGGUUUCACAAAGUUUUAAAAGUCAGAGAUCAUAUUUUCAAACUAUUUUUAUGGUACAUUUUUCAGACCCUUGCCGAUAUAAACUACUCCAAGUCAGAUUUUUAUAAAACCAUCCAUCAAGGUUGAAUUUGAUGUGGGCAAUGUGCAGUAUUAUUGUUUUUCACACUGUCCAUCCUGUUUUUUGGAGCUUCAAAGUGAUCUGUUUUCUGUCUGUAUCCUCUAACUUAUCUGUCCUACAUUUGUUUUCACUCACUAGUGGUGUUUUCUGUGUUUCUGUGGACGCACUUGUGGUAUUCCCUGUCUUUCUAUGUUCCUCUGCAGUAUGUGAUGGCAGAUGGAGCCAGUUGGUUUUAGUACUUUAUAACUCAAAUUACACUCAGGCAUCCAUUCUCAGAUGUACAUAGUCUAUGUCUUUUUUUUUUUGCUUUCUGUGUAUGAUAGAUAUCACCAUAAGCUGUUUAUGUGUUUUUUUUUUCUUCCUGUCCUUGUAAGGUUCUGUGAAAUAAUAAAUACUAUUUUAUCACA